GAUGCCGUCUGUCUCCUCCACCGGUCAGUGGGGAGGGUCAGGGUGUAGGCGUGUGAAGGCGGUCCUCAUACUCCUUGUACUGCUAUACCUGGCCAAGGAAGCCCUGCUGGACGACGCUGAGGCAAUCCCAACGACAGGUGGCGAGGGCUCUCGCCACUCAGAGGGAGAGUAUAAGGUGCUCUUAUCUAAGGGCACAGACAGGUUGUUUUCGAGCACCACACAAACAUUCAGUAUGGUGCGAGAGAGAAAAAGAGUGAGAAGAAGGAGGAAAGUGGGCCCCGAGAGAAGGCUUCUCUCUCUUCCUGCUCUUUUCAGUGCCAAACCCCUUUUCAUCCCCAAGAGAGGGUCACAGAAUAUUUCCUUUGAAUGUCCGACUACAAAAUGUAACUCAAAUGACUGUGUUGUUGUGUUUCCUGUGUUUUUAAGCAAAGGCUUGUGGGCGUGGAACGUCUAUCCAGAGACGGGGUACCAGCGGGUCUCACAGCGGAUGGUAAGAAUAACACUCAACACUGUUGCAAAUGUGCCCCCAGAAAUGUGGUGUUUCACUAAGGAACAAUUAAAGGAUGAUCCCAUGUGUACCACAUGGACACCAAAUUACAAAGAUCCCAGUGCAGGGGUCACUAGAUGUUCAUUUAGUGAACCAGGUUCAGAUGUAAUUAAGUCACCAGAGAGUGAUGUAGACUCUUCAAAAAAUGCCUUAAUUACUCCACCUAAACAAACUCAAACCAAUUCCGCAAUGAGUUUAAUGUUAGACUAUGCACAUGAACGCAAGGUUAGCAACUGUUGGCUGUGCCAGAACAUGCCAGAAUCCAUGUACUCUCCCAUGUUCAGCCCAAUUCCUUUCACAAAAGCUGACUACAGUUUAGUCACCUGGAGUGAUAUAGCAUCCCGAAUUAGCAAGGAUGCAGAUGAUUGUUACACCCCUUCCUACCCCAUAGACUUUGAGCAACCUUUAAAGUACAAUGGCUUAAUCUCGCUCAUUGUUGACACAGUAAAUAAAGACUACCUGCCAGACGGUUUCAAACGGUUGAGGGUUCUAAAACUUAUAUAUGUGAAGAAAUACGUUGAACUAGCUUUUGAAUACAGAUUCCAAUUAGCUCUAGUCCAGACUAAUUGCUCAGCCACUUCCACAAGUCCAACAUGUUCACCUCAACCGCACACACCAUCUUUGUUGGUUGAAGCCUUGGUAGCAGUUGUACCCUGGUUUGGCGUCCGUACAGUGGACUCAGUGAAAGUUAAAAUACAUGACUGUUCACUGCCAUUACCCUUAGGUAAAUCCCCUACACGUGACUGUUCCGUUUAUGUUCCCCCAGUUGUGGUGCAUGAGUGGAAGAAUGUGUCCAUCUGCUUCCAGAGCGGAGGAGGGUUUUCACCCUCUAACGAUGUGGGCCACAGCGACUGUAACACCGUAGUAAAGAUCAAGUUAACCAGAACUCCCCUUCCAGAGAGGGUUUACUUGGUUUGUGGGAACAGAGCCUACGGUUGCAUGCCUUAUGAUACUUUUGAUGGCACCUGUUAUCUAGCCUAUCUAAUCCCUUUGAUCCGUAAAGUAGAGACUGAGGAGAUUGCAGCAAUAUUCCCUGCCCUACACAGAACUCGUAGAACCAUCACAACAGGUCAGCGGCUGGCUAGCGCAUUUCUGCCCUGGUACGGUAUUUAUGUUUCCCAGCAGGAAAUUAUAGCUCUCUCCAAGGUUGUGGAGAAGCACCUUAAUGUGUCCAACACAGCCAUGUUAGCUGAACACAAAGAACUGCAGGAAGUUAGAACAGUGGCAUUACAGAAUCGCAUGGCACUGGAUCUUCUACUAGCAGCACAGGGGGGUACAUGCAAGGUGAUUGGAUCUGAGUGUUGUUCUUUCAUCUCUGAUGCCACACCUGAGGUCAUGGAUAUGGCUCAUGAUACUGCUAGGGGAAUAAAAGAAUUGCACGAAACUCAUGGGUUUGCAUUUGGGGAUUUAACUGGAACAUUUGGGUCAUGGGGAGGGGGGAUUGUAAAAUUCAUUGUUACCAUUUCAGUGUUUAUCCUAGGUGUGCUAAUCCUGAUAAUAUGCCUAGUCACUGUAGUUAAACUAGUCCUGCGAAAGAUUACCAAAGUCGCCCUCCAGGCCCCACAGAGACUAGUGGGGUACACUACCGUUGAUGACACCGUGAUGAUGUACGACGCCGAGCUUCCAGACCCGUGGGUCGCUGCCGUGGUUUCCGAACCAUGGGUUCCCCCUUACAAUGACCAAUGAAUUAAAAUUGAUGCUUAGAUUAAAGAAAAGAUAUUUUGACUUUUCCCUUUCAGGUUGUUACACUACACGACAAAUAUCUGAUUUUUCCUUUUCAGAUUUUGAACACUGUAUUUGAUUAAAAUGAAUGUAUUGAUUUUUUCUAAGACUA